CUGUUGAAGUCAUGUCCAACAGGGUCAUCAGGAGGGAUCAGUUAAUCAAGAAGAAGAAAAUGUACUACUUCAAAAUGGAGAUUGUCUAAAAAAAAAUAUAUUAUCACAGACGCUACAGUGGCACAGAUACAAAGAUGAGUCCUCUAUGUAUCUCUAUGGCUACUCUCCUGAAGUACUGUUGGCAAGUGCAGCCAGGACACACAGACCGAUACCUGGACAAGAGAGACUUCACUGACUUUUAGGAAUUUGACGAUACAGACCGCAAUGCUGUUUGGGAUGAGUAGUUUGCCUCCUAACUCUGGUCCAGAGUGAUUCCUGAUGGUAGCUACAGACUGAGAAGGACUGACUGACUAUAACUACAACCUCUACCAGUGUCUUAACCAGCCACUUCAAACGGGUGUGUGUGACCAACCCUUCAGCGUGGGAGGUGUUAGGACUACUGCCCUGACAGCAUGGCCCCAGCGGUGGGCGGUCCGGUGGGCUAUACUCCUCCAGAGGGUGGCUGGGGCUGGGCGGUGGUGGUGGGAGCCUUCAUCUCUAUCGGCUUCUCCUAUGCCUUCCCCAAAUCCAUCACUGUCUUCUUCAAGGAGCUGGAGUCCACCUUUGACGCUACACCCUCACAGGUCUCAUGGAUCUCCUCUAUCAUGCUGGCCUGCAUGUACGGUGGAGGACCAAUUAGCAGUAUCCUGGUGAACCGAUAUGGCAGUCGACCAAUCAUGAUGCUAGGGGGCUGUCUGUCAGGAAGUGGUUUGAUAGCAGCUUCCUUCUGCAACACUGUGCAAGAACUCUACUUCUGUGUCGGAGUCAUUGGAGGUCUGGGUCUAGCGUUCAACCUGAACCCGGCGUUGACUAUGAUUGGUAAAUACUUCUAUAAGCGUCGUCCUAUAGCUAAUGGCAUCGCCAUGGCGGGCAGCCCAGUCUUCCUGUCCACGCUGGCUCCUCUUAACUCCUGGUUCUUUGACCAGUUUGGCUGGAGGGGCUCCUUCCUCAUCCUCGGCGGUCUACUGCUGAACUGCUGUGUAGCCGGGUCCUUGAUGAGACCGAUCGGACCCAAACCUGCCGAACCCCAACUGUCGGAGAACGGGGCGGUGAAGAAGGCAGAGUCUAAUCUGACGGUGAUGCAGCGUGUCAAUGCCGUGAUCGACCUGUCGCUGUUUAAACACCGCGGCUUCCUGCUGUAUCUCCUUGGCAACGUCAUCAUGUUCUUUGGCCUGUUCUCUCCCCUCGUCUUCCUCUCCAACUACGCUAAGAGUAAGGACAUCAGUAAAGAGAAGGCUGCUCUGCUCCUUUCCAUCCUCGCCUUUGUUGACAUGUUCGCCCGUCCUUCUAUGGGGCUGUUAGCCAACACCCGCUGGGUCCGACCCAGGAUACAGUACUUCUUCGCUGCAUCCGUGCUCUAUAACGGGGUGUGUCACGUCUUGGCGCCGCUGUCCAUGGACUAUGUAGGCUUCGUGGUGUAUGCUGUGUUCUUUGGGUUUGCGUUCGGCUGGCUGUCAGCAGUUCUGUUUGAGACUCUGAUGGACCUGGUCGGGGCCCAGAGGUUCUCCUCUGCCGUCGGACUGGUCACCAUCGUGGAGUGUGGACCGGUACUGCUGGGACCGCCACUACUCAGUCGUUUCUAUGACUUCUAUGGUGACUACCAGUGGACCUACCUGUGUUGUGGUAUCAUCCUUAUCAUCUCCUCAGUCUUCCUCUUCGUAGGGAUGGGCAUCAACUACAAGCUGUUGGAGAGGGAGAAGGAGGAGGAGAGGCGAGAGACGGAGCGACCCAAGGAGGAGUGCACAGCCAUGCUGGAGGGAGAGAAGGAAAGGGGGGAGGAGAGUAGUGAAGCCACACCCAUGACAGAUGUUUCUAAGAUGGACGAAGAUACUGUUUAGCAGGGUAGGCAACUAAAUUUAGCCGCGGUUUAGGGGCCGAAACAUAAUUAGAAUUAUUUGAACACUGUAAAUUCACCACAACUAAGCCCAAAAAUAGAUAACAUGAUCAUUUCAUACCUUGAUUACAUUGAGACACAAUCACAAAUCUUUAUUUUUAUUCAUGGGAAUAGUUGGGAGCACAUUUCCUAAAUUUAAAUAAUUUUUAGCUGAAUUACUGUAUCUUAUUAUUAUUGUUUAUUAUUAUUAUUAUUACUACUACUAUUUCGGGGGGCCCAAAAAAACACUUUUGGGCUGGUUUUGGCCCGUGGGCCGCAUGUUGCCAACCCUGCUAUAUAGAGACUGACCUGAUGUGGACACACACCCUCUGGUUUAGGUACGUUUGGUAAACUGAGCCGAGUCCUCUACAGUAGACAAGCUAUAACACAGAGGACUACUCUCUCUGAGCUCACAUAUCCAGCAUCUAUCCCAGUUCUUCACACUGUCCUCAUACAUACCUGACCGGUCAUGUCACAUCAGUCUUUGUGCUUCCCAGAUCCAGUGUGCGGUACGAUCAAUCGCAGUAUUAUAGGUGAUCAGAUUGGUUGAUUGAUUUGACAGUGUUAAGUAAUACCAGGUGUUGUUUUUAUAAUGUUAAUGAUUAGUUGAAUGUGGAGACUAUUGUGAUUCUGUAAUGAUGUAGAUUCCUAGUUGAGGAGAACAACGAUGUGAUUUGAACCUCUACGCUUUUCAGUUUAGCUGAGAAGAUUUUUUUUAAGCACUUUGAACAUCUUUCUGAAGACAGACACAACCUUUCGUGUGUGUGUGUGGGACUGAUCCAUAUUAUCUCUAUUCAGACAGACAGGAACACAGAUCGGCAGACAGACACAACCUUUCUCGUGUGUGUAUAACAGGAACACAGAUCGGCAGACACACACAGGUGUUUAUUUUAGUCCUGUAUCAUAUCAGCAGAUACUGUAUCAAUAUGUCCCAAACUGAACCCUAUUCCCUAUAUAGUGCACUACUUUGGACCAGAGCCCUAUUCCCUAUAUAGUGCACUAAGGUAAAGGGUACUAUUUGAGAGGCCCUAUGUCUGCAGAUACAGUACGAGCAUUCAUUCAGUAAGUUCUUCCAUUCAGAAGUCUGGGGUAGUACCAGCUGUCACCAGGAGAGGGCAGUAGAGUCUUUAGGACAUUCUGUAGUCUGGGGUAGUACCAGCUGUCACCAGGAGAGGGCAGGAGAGUCUUUAGGACAUUCUGUAGUCUGGGGUAGUACCAGCUGUCACCAGGAGAGUGCAGUAUAAUAUUUAGAACAUUCUGUAGUCUGGGGUAGUACCAGCUGUCACCAGGAGAGGGCAGGAGAGUCUUUAGAACAUUCUGUAGUCUGGGGUAAUACCAGCUGUCACCAGGAGAGGGCAGUAUAAUAUUUAGAACAUUCUGUAGUCUGGGGUAGUACCAGCUGUCACCAGGAGAGGGCAGGAGAGUCUUUAGAACAUUCCGAAGUCUGGGGUAGAGAGGGCAGUAAAGUCUUUAGAACAUUCUGUAGUCUGGGGUAGUACCAGCUGUCACCAGGAGAGGGCAGUAUAAUAUUUAGAACAUUCUGUAGUCUGGGGUAGAGAGGGCAGUAAAGUCUUUAGGACAUUCUGUAGUCUGGGGUAGAGAGGGCAGUAAAGUCUUUAGGACAUUCUGUAGUCUGGGGUAGUACCAGCUGUCACCAGGAGAGGGCAGUAUAAUAUUUAGAACAUUCUGUAGUCUGGGGUAGAGAGGGCAGUAAAGUCUUUAGGACAUUCGGUAGUCUGGGGUAGAGAGGGCAAUAAAGUCUUUAGGACAUUCUGUAGUCUGGGGUAGAGAGGGCAGUGAAGUCUUUAGGACAUUCUGUAGUCUGGGGUAGUACCAGCUGUCACCAGGAGAGGGCAGUAUAAUAUUUAGAACAGUGUUCACGUUUUCUGAGUCGAAUCACUUUCACAGUCAAAAAGUAAGCUGAGAUCUACAGCUCAGAUUGUUUUUCCAUAAAUUGCUUUAAAAAUGGAACAUUAACCUAAUAAAAACAGUUCUGUAGGAAUGAGGUUUAUGCAGUAGGCCUAAUACAUUAUCACAGCAUAUUAGCUAUAUGAUUGGCCUGCCAAUAUUGUUAAUCAGACCAUAUAUUUCAAAACUCGAGCUUUGAUAACAAAAUAGAUCAGUUGGUGUAGCACUUGAGGCACUGUGGAGCAUAAAUUAAAAUAUUUUGCUUUUUUAUUUUACUGCACUGAUGGUACCUGCAUCUUAUGGUCAAGGUGCUUUCAAAACAACUGGGAAUUCGAGAAAAAUAAAACUAGGUAAAAAAAAUGACGUCAGUGAACUUCAGGUUGGAAAGUCGGACCUCUAGAAAGAUGCCAGAGUUUCCGACUUGGAAUUCCGAGUUAGAUGUCCUUCAAAACAAAUUUUCCCAGUCGGAUCUAAAAAAAAAAACAUUCGGAGUUCCCAGUAACGCACUGAAGUCGGAGGCAGAGAUUUCCGAGUUCCCAGUUGUUUUGAACACUGCAUUAGUCUCAAUGGAGGGAGAGAGAGGGCAGCAGAGGGUCCACCUCUCACGGUCCCUGUUCUCUCGUUCCUUUCCUCCGGUGAGACUGACCAGAGAUAGUCUCACUCAGUCUUCCACCUGAUGGCGAAACUUGAGUCGCACCGCAUCUGCCUCAUGCUCACAUUCAUGUUGUUCCUUUGACCAGAGAAAGUGAAGUAUUCAUUGAUAUUAAAAUAGAGACGACGAGCUGCUAAUGAUAAUAAAACGCAGGGCUAUCGAUACACUUGGCUACUCAUUCAUUGCAGCUACAGCGUGAGCGGAAGUAUGGAGAAGCGCGUUUUAUGUUUUGUAAUAGUGUUGAAUUAAAAACAGUUUUGACAGUGCUGAAUAAACAAACUCAGCAGCUCUUUGCUAUAUUCUAUGACGGUCUCUCUGUAGUCAUGAUUUUAAAAUGUUUUACAUUGUAUGUAGGCUAGUAGCCUAUCAAACUGCUAUGGCCAGGGAAGAUCUGUAGGCACGGUGAUUUGAGUUAUCCGAUUGGCCAGUGCAGUAGGCAAGCUCAAUUUAGCUACAGAUCUCCCAGUCUGCCGGUGCGCAGGGCUUCUGAAUCAAUGCACCUACCAACAACCGUGUAACACGAAUAAAAAAGGAGAGCGAGCCUUUAUCGUCUUUUCUACAGACAUGUUUGAUGAUUGACUAGGAAUACCUUGAAGAUCGACCAGUCAGCGACCGGUGCUUUAGGACAUUCAGAAGUCUGGGGGUAGUACCGGCUGUCACCAGGAGAGGGCAGUAUAAUAUUUAGAACAUUCUGUAGUCUGGGGGAGUACCGGCUGUCACCAGGAGAGGGCAGUAUAAUAUUUAGAACAUUCAGAAGUCUGGGGUAGUACCAGCUGUCACCAGGAGAGGGCAGUAUAAUAUUUAGAACAUUCUGUAGUCUGGGGGAGUACCGGCUGUCACCAGGAGAGGGCAGUAUAAUAUUUAGAACAUUCUGUAGUCUGGGGUAGAGAGGGCAGUAGAGUCUUUAGAACAUUCUGUAAUCUGGGGUAGUACCAGCUGUCACCAGGAGAGGGCAGGAGAGUCUUUAGGACAUUAGAACCUUCUCUCUGGGUUAGGUUGCUCAGGGGACAAAGAUUUAUCCUCAAUAAUUUUUCAGAUUUUUGUCAUUUCACUCCAUCGAUCAGCUCUCCACAUUGAAAUGUUUUUAAAAACAGAAUUAAACAAUGUUUGUAACACUUGUGACAUGAUUACUUUAGCAUUUCUUGUUCUCAGUCUUCCAUGAUAUUGUGAUGCAGCCUUUCUUUACUGUGUGUGUGAUGUCAUGUUUAAAGGAAGUGUUUCAUCAUGUUUUUCCUAUUUGAUUGGUGGUAAUGAAGGAACUGUGUUUCUGCUUCAGUUGUAGUAUGCAAUAGCUAGCUAUUAUCUGGGGCUUAAUGAGGGAUUUGGGCCCUGUUCAGAUCCACUCAAACACUGCCUUGCUGACUCCCCUCCCUUCCUUCCUGUCACUUUGUGAGGAAGGAUGAGGUACAUAUUUGAACUGAAGGAAUAUAAAGCUACUGUGGCUUGUGAUGUCAUGAGGUGAACCCUGAUUGUAAAAAGACACCUGGAAGGUUGACAGGAUUUAACAAGUCAUACUCUUCCAGCAGUGUGGAGGAGUUUUGGUUCUUGUGAUCAAUGUUCACUUAAAUUUGCUCAGCGCCUAAAUGAUUUUAAGGUCUGCUUAGCACAAACUUGAAUGUUGUGAAAAUUUUGUGCAACUUCCGGCGCGUUUACUGUGUAAACUGAGGCUCUACCGGCUUUAAGUUACAGUUUCAGACAGUGGUCAAGUAGGCUGUGGCUAUUUGAUCAUAACGUAGGCCUACCAGAGUGGCCUACCAUCAAAACAAUGGACAAAAUGAAUGCAUCCCAUAACAUUUGAAAAUAUCUGUUGUAUCAUUCAGCCCAGAGUAGCAGCCAAUGUGUGGUUUGUGUAGAGUACGGGCUGAGUGGUGUGUAAUAGUUCCUAUUACGGUGGGUUCUGCCUACAACAUCUCUUGCAUAGUUAGUUUUGCAUACUAAGUCUUGCAUAGUUAGUUUUGUUUUGGUACAUAGAAAGCGGUUAAUAUUUCAUUGAUUCUAUCACAAUUCCCACAGUAAAGGGAAACUUUGAGUGUUAAUUACAGGGAGAAAACUCUAGGAAGUUGAGUGAAGUUCAAUCUUCAUCUUAGACGGAACAUUGCUGGUGAUUUUUAUAGUUGAACGUCUCCGCAGCACAACAGAUUGACCUCUAGAGUUUGGAGAACAGUAGAAAACAUGACAUUUCACUGGAAAGAAAACAUGACUGUGUAAAAAUAACAAACAAUGCAGUGCUACUUUUUAUGGGGAGGAAAUGAAUAAACCAUUUUAAACACAA